AUGGUCUUACUCUCAACUCAGCAAGCUUUACUGACCAGAAAGGAGUCAAUCAUACUCUGUCCUUUACUUACCAAGAGAAAAAAAUAUCAACAGCUCCCUGAAGAGGAAAAGGAGAAAAUCAAACAGAUUCAGUUUAUCCAAGAUAUGUUUUCGGUAGGUGAGGCAGCCUACAAUGAACUAAUAAUGACACAUUUUUAGGCAUCAAAGAAAAACUUUUUUACAUUAUUUAUCAUAGGAGUUGAGAAAUUAAAUGAUGUCUGCCAUAGAAGACAUUUGCAAAAGUCUAGCAAAUGGGAUGCAGAAAGAGAUGUCUUAAUGGUAGGAAAGCGUAUAGAUUUGCUAAGUGAGGUUGAAAGAACCCCAUGCAAAUACAUAAAAAAGGCUGAGAGUUACUGGAUAGAUGGCAUCAUUGAAAAUAAGGCAAAGCAACACCGUUUAUGUCAUGGUAGUUCCAGUGAAGAAAACAGUACUAGUGUGGAUGAAACAGAAAAUAUGACACCUGUGAUGAUCAGGUCUAAAUUGAAGGAAUUGGGAAUAAACACUAGCACAAGAAAUCUAAAGAGGUUGCAGGAAAUUUACCAAGUAGCUGUGUAA